AUGCACAAUCUUGGCCGCCCUCAACCCACGCUGCCAUGCCUAGUGACGGGCUGUAUCCGCCGUUUUUACAACAGGUCAGGGUGCACCACUCAUAUGCAAUCCCACCAUCCAUCUGAAGAACCCGAAGUCCCACCAUCCCACCAUUCCUCCUCGAGUUCACAGCAUUCCCAGUCAUCCCGACCUGGCACUGGACAUGCUGCAACAAGCUCAGCAUGCAUGCAUUCACGCAGCCCAACUCAGACUAGCGCAGGUGACGAACAACUUGAAGUACCUGGGAGUUGCGACGAUCAAAUGGAGUUUGACUUGCCAGAGUCAGAUGGAUGGAAAAUUUGCGACGAACAUGGAGAUGACAUACCACCAAAUACUCCGCCACCUCCACGUCCAUCAAAUCUUGGACCAGACAACUGGACACCAUAUGCUAAUCGAGUUGAUUUCGAAGUCGCAGACUUCCUCUACCGUCGCAACCAGAUGUCGGGGGGCGAUAUCGACUUUAUAUUCAAUCUGUGGGCCGCCUCAUUAGCGGCUCAUGGUGAAACACCCCCCUUCGCAAACCACAUUGAGAUGUACAAUGUCAUUGAUUCGACGCCUCUAGGUGACAUCGCCUGGCAGAGUUUUACCUCAGAAUAUAACGGUGCUCUACCUGAAGAUCCUCGGAUCCUCGUGCACAACAUUCUCUCCAACCCAGACUUCGAAGGUGAAUUCGACUAUGCUCCGCUACAGGAGUAUGAUACCAGCAAUGGAGCACAUCGCUUUCAGGACUUUAUGUCCGGUGAUUGGUGUUGGAAGCAGGCUGAUUUGAUUGCCAAGGAUCCCAAUACAAUUGGAUCUAUGUUUGUUCCAAUAAUCCUUGGCAGUGACAAGACUACGGUCUCCGUCGCUACCGGACACAAUCAAUACUGGCCAGUUUAUAUGUCAAUCUGCAACAUCUGCAACAAUGUGCGACAUGCACACCGCAACGGUGUUGUAUUGCUGGGCUUCCUAGCCAUCCCAACAACUGACAAGGAGUCCGCCAAAGAUGCACACUUUCGAAAAUUCCGCCGUCAGCUUCUCCACUCAUCGCUGGCGAAGAUGCUGGAAUCCCUUAAACCAGGUAUGACAACACCCGAGGUUGUACGCUCCCCCGAUGGUCAUUUUCGACGUGCAGUGUAUGGUCUUGGACCAUAUAUCGCCGAUUAUCCCGAGCAAGCAUUGCUCGCUUGCAUCGUUCAAAACUGGUGCCCAAAAUGUACUGCUCCGGCAGAUGGUCUUGACAAUGGUACCUAUGGUCGGCGUUCCUGCGACCAUACCGAAGUCUUGGUGGAGGAAUUUGAGUUAGGUGUGCUAUGGGAUGAAUAUGGACUUGUAGGAGACAUUGUGCCAUUCACCAACUAUUUCCCGCGAGCUGACAUUCACGAACUCCUUUCCCCUGACAUUUUACAUCAGCUGAUAAAGGGUGCGUUUAUAUUAAGGCUCGAUGAUAUUGAUCGCCGGGGCUUCAAACAAUGGACGGGAGAUGACUCCAAAGCACUUAUGAAGGUGUAUAUACCUGUGAUUGAAGGCCAUGUACCUCCGGAGAUGGUGCUGACUUUGCAAGCCUUGAUUGAUUUUGUAUACAUUGCGCGGCGCAAUAUCAUUGAUUCCAACAGCCUCAAUGUGUUGGAUGAUGCACUUGAGCGUUUCCACAGGUACCGUGAAAUGUUCAAAACAUCUGGUGUUCGCCCUAAUGGAUUCAACCUCCCUCGACAACACUCGCUUAUCCACUACCACAAAUUGAUCCAAUCAUUUGGCACACCAAACAGACUCUGUUCUUCCAUCACAGAAUCUAAACAUAUCAAAGCUGUCAAGGAGCCGUGGCGACGGUCCAGUCGGUUUGAAGCCCUCAAUCAGAUGUUACUGACAAAUCAACGUCUAGAUAAGUUAGCGGCGUCUCAUAUCGACUUUGCUAGCCGUGGGAUGCUAAGAGGAACAUGGCUAAACGCUCCACGGUUUUUACGUGACCAGCUCCAUCAUUCUGACUCCAACUUGAACUCAGAAGCCUCCGAGUCUGGCGCUGGCUCGUCCGGUGCCCUUCCCGAGCUAUAUGAAAAAAUGACUCUGUAUACAUCUGCCAUUGCCACCUUCUUUGCUCCAAGUGAUGUCUCAGGCAUCGGUGGUAUGCGCUACGAGCGAAUUUGUGCCGUGGAUACCUGGAGGAAUGGCCCUGGUCGAUAUGACUGUGUUUUUGGCAUGCGUGGCUUCGAUAUCGCUCAAGUAAGGCUUUUCUUUUCAUUUAAACACAAUGGUGUACAUUACCCUUGUGCAUUUGUGCAUUGGUUCAAACAUAACACAGGAAUGUGGGUAGUAGAGCCUGAAACCUGUGAGGAUGGGACACGAUUUGCCUCUGUCAUUCACCUUGACUGCAUCUUUCGUGCGGCACACCUUAUGCCUGUAUUUGGGCAUGAAUUUGUACCUACUUAUCUCUCUUACACACAGACCCUUGAUGCUUUCCGCACUUACUAUGUAAAUAAAUACAUUGACCAUCAGGCAUUUGCGAUUGCCUGGUGA